UUUUAUCAAUAUGUCGAAGACGAAAUCAAAACAAUGUGUUGAGAUGUCAAAUUUUCGCGGUUACAAUCUCGAAUAAAGUCCAAAUUUCGAUUUGUCUGCGAAGAUAAUUUGAUAUAUCAAUCGAACGAGAGAAUUCCCAUUGCUAUGAACGUUCAAAAAAUCAAAAUAUCCCAUUCUCAUACGCAAGUGGACACAUUUCAUCCCAACUAAAUGACGACAUUCCGCGCACCAUGUAAGAAUUCUUACGCCAAAAGCUGACGAAAUGGUUUUACAAUUUGUUUCACAAGCGUUACGGGGUGCUGAGGAAUUGAAACAUAGGAUUUUACGCUCAACAGAUUUAUUGAACGAUAAUGAUGCUCUCAUCGCUCGAUUACAACUUCAAAAAAUAUACCAGCAAGUCUUAGUACUAGAUUUGGAGUAUGCGAUUAAUAAAAAAAUCGAGCAAGAUUUAUGGAACUUAGGCUUCAAGAAUUACAUAGAUGCUUUACAGAAACUCGUUAAAGAUAGAAAAAAUCCAAAACGAAAUGAAUAUCAAGGAUUGUUGAACAUAUGUCUGGAAUCUGCGAGCGGAUUUUAUCUGAUAUUAUUAGAAGAGAUUUGUGUAACCUUUAACGUUAGUUUGCCAUUUCCUAGUUACCGAAAAUAUACCUAUCUGCAGUCAAAUUCGAGAAAGUCUCAUAUCGAUACUUUAAUCAAACAACCCCAGAAGAGCUCCUGCUAUUACAUUUGUCAGCAUUGUUUGGUUCAUUUAGGUGACAUAGCUCGUUAUAAAUUUCGCUGCAAACAAGCUGAGAUUUUUUAUAGAAACGCUAUUAUCCUAAGCCCUUCGAGUGGACAACCUUAUAACCAAUUGGCAUUGUUGGAAACUAGUCGAGGAGAUAAAUUAGCCACCGUGUUUUAUUAUGUUCGUAGUAUAGCUGUUAGGAAUCCGUUUCCAGCCGCUACUUCUAAUCUAGCACUGACCUUAAAUAAAGCUAAUGUGAAUGGCGAUUGGAAUACGGAGAGUAAAACUGUGUUAUCUUCUAACGAAUUUAUAACGUUGUUCUUAAAAGUACACGCGUUAUUGCAUUUAACGACUGAUAUUUUACCUUGCGCUACGUACGUUCGUUUAUUAUCGACUUCAUUGACUGCUCAUGUUGCGACUGAAUCGUUCACAUCGGUUAAUCUGGUCCAGAUGAUGGUGAUUAAUAUGUUCGCGUAUUACAAUGUGAAUAACGAAGGAGGAAACGCUGUGGAUGAUAAUCAAUUGACUGCCGAUGAAAAAUUUACCAAAGCGUUACUUGUAGAGUUGAUAGCUGGUUCAUUGAACGCAUUUUUAUUACCCAUUUAUACAUAUAAACAAGAGGAUAGCUUACUGCAAUAUUUCGCUUUACCAGCAAUUAAAAUUACUUUGGAUUGGCUUCGCAUUCAUUCGUACGUAUUGGACGAACCAGGUUUCGUGAAUAGAUUACAAAUAUGGCCAGCUUUUUGUAAACUGAUUAACGAAUUGGAACCUUUGUUGAAAUCUUAUACCCCUGAAAAAUUAAAAAAUGUGACACUUCCAGAAGAGCAAGAUUUACAAGGAUUUAUACCGUUGCAAAAUGCUAUCCCAGAGUUCAGAUAUUUCGACAAUGAAGUAGACCUAGAUAAUUUGAGCAAGUUGAGAGCACACAGAAUUCAAAGUUUUGCUACCUGGUUAGCCAACGAAUCGCGUUUUUCGUUAAUAAAAAUGUGUAAAUCAGAAUCGGGAAAUACUAAAUUCGAAGCCACCAUUAGCGGUGUCCAGUCUUCCAAUGAAUUAAUUAUCCAGCAGUUAGAAGAAUUAUUACAAAACGACUGCAGUAUUAAAGAAGAUACCCAGAACAGUAACGGCGACGAAAUAGAAAAAUCCGCUGCCUGCGAUCUAGAUACCGCAGCGGUCAUCAAUCUGGCUAGCAAUGUUGCCAGUUCUGCCAAAAAUUUCAACAAGAAAAAUAAAAAGGCCGGAAUAUUGAAAACGCAAAGCUUCCUCGAUAAAAAGAAAGAAGACGCUGCGAAUGAAAAUAAGAAAAAUCCUCGAAAAAACAUCGCCUUACAAACCAUCUUGAAACGUAACCAAGAACAGGAGCAUAAACAGGUCACGUUUAAAACACCAUCGCCAAGUUUAUCAACCUGCAGCGAUACCCAAGACUCGAUUUCUCCAUCGAUGAAUCAUUCGCAACUUUGGCCUUCGAAUUUAUCAUCGAACAAUUCCCAAACAUCUCUACAGCCUGCGACUCAUUCGAUGUUCAUAUCGUCAUUUUCGGGAGCUUUCCCAGAUCCAUUCAGAACCCUACCACCCACACGUGAUUUAAACGCUGCUCGUAACACGACGACUCCGUCUCAACCGAAUUUAAAUUUCAAUAAAAAUUCGCCUUUUUAUACGCCCACCAUUAAUCCAUCAGAUCAGCUGAAUUUUUCACCAGUUACUGCUCCGACGUUUCAAAAACCCUUUAUCGGUAUACCCAACGAUAUGGGUUUGGAUAUAUACGGAUCGAACGGAGCCACCAACGAUAAUCGAAAUCAAAACGUUAUCGAUGUUAAUUUAAUGGCUGCUUCGAUGAACGAUAGACACGUGCAGAGGAAUCAGUUCCAUAAUCAAACUAAUUUGAACUUCUUGCCGCCUUGGAAACAGGAUUCGAAUCCUUGGUGGGUUGACGACAAGCAGCAGAAAAUGAUUAACUCUGGUCCUGCUUCCAAUACCAAUAUGAUAGACGAUCAGUCGAAUUCCUUUUUCCAUUACAGGAAUCCGAUAAUGUCUCAAGUGUCUCAGCCAUCUAAUCCGCCAUCGUUUAAUCCAACUAAUCAGAUGCAAUUUCAACCGCAACAAAUACCAGCUCAUCUUAGACCUAUAUCGCAACCUCCUCAACAGCAUCCUCAAUCUUCACAUCUACGUACCCAAAAUUCUUCGGCAAAUCUGUUGAAUUUAUCUACAGGGUUAUGGCCUACUACGUUCAAGUCGACGCCUCAACCGCAAAAUAACAUAAAUUACAGUUCGAACGUUAUUAAACCGAUAUUUGAUCCAUUACCUUCGUAUAAUCAGAAUACAUUAUCGAACACAGAAGACAAAAAUACAUACGGACAACACUCCCAGUUACCAAAUAACACGUAUUCGUUAUUCAAUCCUAUGUGGAGUGCCAGAACCGACGACCAGCUCAACCAAUCCAAUAACACAAAUCCAUUAGCAGUGCUGACGCAACAGUCUAUUUGGUCUGAAGGCAUAUCACCAUUACAACGACUGCUCGAACAGCAGAAACAAAUCAGAGAAGGAUCCGCUUAUCAUAAUACGCAACAGCCGCCAAACGAGUAGAUUACGAGCGAAACUGAGAAUUUUUUUUGAUUUUUUUUUUACGUUGAAAUUUCUUAACGAAUUUAUAUACCUAUUUCUUUAUUUGUUUUUAAUAAAGCGUAAUGUGGUCUCUAUUAA